AUGUCAGGAAAGAAAAGAAGAAAUAUUGAGCCUACUGCUGAGGAUCUGUCUGGAGUGGAGUUUGAAAGCUCCGAGGAAGUGGAAGUAAUCCCGACAUUCGAUGCUAUGGGAUUGAGAGAGCCAUUGCUUCGUGGUAUAUACUCAUAUGGCUUUGAGAAACCAUCAGCUAUCCAACAACGUGCUAUCAAGCCCAUUCUGAAAGGUCGUGAUGUCAUUGCACAAGCACAGUCUGGUACCGGAAAGACUGCGACGUUCUCGAUUUCUGUACUACAAUCUAUCGAUACGGAUCUGAGGGAAUGCCAAGCAUUGAUUUUAUCGCCAACACGUGAAUUGGCUGUGCAAAUUCAAAAGGUGAUUUAUUUUAAAUCCCAGGACGUGUUCUAGUC